AGUACACGUGUAAUCCUAUAACUGUUGUCCUGUCUUCUUACGUGUAAAGCCAUAUCUAUUAGCCCAUACUUUUGGGAAAGUCACUCUGCCAACAGUGAAAAAGCAUCCUACUUGUACUGGAUUGGCUCUAAAACUUGCUGUGGUCUACAUUUAGCCACAUUCUCCAUAUAAAACACAAUGAAUUCUCUUUGUACUUCAAUCCUAUAUCCACUAUAACACUGUUUCACUCUUUAUAGCAGAAUCCUUUUGAAUUCUGAAACCAAUAUGGAAGCUUGCUUUGUCACUUCAAAGCCCUUGUCAGAGAAACUCUUCCCUUUGUUAGGAUCAAGAAUUUCUUAUUCUACAAGAAGAAGGUUAUUUGUUACUAGUCAGUUUCAUCAGCUCAAAAAGGUUGGCACUCCUUUGUCACUGACUUGUUGUCAGGCAAGUUCAUCAUCCUCACCUCAAGACGAAGAAAGAUCUUUUGCUGAUUCUGAUUGGCGAUCAUUUCGAGCACGAUUGGUGGCCGGAGAAAAAGCUUUACGCUCAGAAGAGCCUUCCUCCGUCGUCAAUCCCGACACCGUCGACGAUAUUCCGCCGCCUCCGGCCGUCACAAUUGGUAGCAAAUGGGCUCACACCAUUCACGAACCAGAGAAAGGUUGCUUGCUCCUUGCCACUGAAAAGCUCGAUGGUGUCCACAUUUUCGAGCGGACCGUAGUUCUCUUAUUGUCAAUGGGCCCAAUAGGCCCAACGGGCUUAAUUCUGAACAGGCCAUCACUUAUGUCAAUCAAAGAAAUGAGAUCUUCGGUAUUGGACAUGUCCGCGACCUUUGCGAAUAGGCCGUUGUUCUUUGGUGGGCCUUUAGAAGAAGGGCUUUUUUUAGUAAGCCCAAAUGAAGGAGGAGAAGACGGGCUUGGAAAAAGUGGAGUAUUUGAUGAAGUAAUGAAGAAUGUGUAUUAUGGUACAAAAGAGAGUGUAGGCUGUGCUGCUGAAAUGGUAAAAAGGGAUGUAGUUGGGCUUGAAAACUUCAGGUUUUUUGAUGGGUAUUGUGCAUGGGAGAGAGAUCAAUUGCGGGAUGAGAUUAAAGCUGGUUAUUGGACAGUAGCAGCUUGUAGCCCAAGUGUAAUUGGGCUGUCUAAUGUUGCAAGUAUUGGGCUCUGGGAAGAAGUUCUUGGGCUUAUGGGCCCCAAGAAAGUUUGGUGAACUGAUAAUUUGGAUCAUUUCUAAUGUUUGUCAUUUGUAAAAAAAGGAUAUGCGUUAACUUCUGAGUUGUUCUACUUUGGGAGCCCAACAUUGUAAAUUAUUAUGCAUUGAAAUGUGAACUUUUGACUGAUUAAAUGAGAAUGGAGUUAUACUUUGUCAAA